AUGUUUGAUCCGCCCUGUGGCGUUUUUUUAUGGGCCUUUUAUGAGUCUUAUGCAUUUGUGUGGGGUGCUGGCGUGUACCUCUUGCAUGCUGGCAAGGGUGCCUUGCGGGCAGAACUGGUCGGCGCAUGUCGGCGCCAAAACAGCUCGUAUCAGCUCGUUGACACCGAAAUCGGGGAAGGAUCUGACAGGAGCGAUGAUUCCUGGUAUGUGCGCAGCUUGGCCACCGAGAUGCUACUGGAGCUCGGUCCUCGUGGUUCUUCUGACAGCCAACCAGUGCUCGUCAAGGCCCUCCACAGCUUAGAUUCGGAGGUGCGGCGGACGUCCGCCAUCACCCUGGGCAAGCAUGGAGAGGUGGCUUCACACCAUGCAGCUGCCCUGUGCACCCGAAUGUUGGCCAAUCGUCCCGGGGUCAAGAGUGAUGAUCCUGAUGCCGACCUCAGUGAGAAAAUCGAGGUCAAAACGGCCUGCAUGUGGGCUCUGGGGCAACUUGAUCCGGAGUCUGUCGUGCCGCUGAUCCAUAAUUUGGAUGAUGGGCUUUUCCACAGAAACACGGAGUACCGCUUGGCGGCCACAGAAGCCUUGACACGGCUGGGCCCCAAAGCAGUGGCUCUCCGGAAGGCCGGCGGAGGUUCUCGGUUCUCCUGGUGGUCAUGGGGUGCCCAAUGUGGCUGGAUUUUUUUUGGCAUCAUCAUGAUCCAACUGUGGAAACUGUGGCUGGAUUUUUGUUGA